CUCCAGUUGUCAUCGUCGCGCGGUCAUCCACAUUAUUCCUCACGCGUUUUCCUCAGGAAUUCAGUACAUUCCUGACUCGCUGACGCGUAAUCUGGGCCAGGAAGCUUGAAGUUCACCUCCCGAGCGAUCUCUCAAUGUGCUGAAGACUCGCUGAGAGCGCCUAAACAGUGCCUUAUUGCGUAAUUGGAGUGCUUUUGUGUGCUUUGUGUUGGGAUUCCGCGUCUCCGGGGCAGCAAAAAAUGCUAUCAAAGUGAUUUUAAUCGGAUUUUAUCGUUUGUCUCGAAAGCUGAGGCAGUGUUUUAUUGAUUGAUCGUGUCUGAGUGGUGAAGAGGAGUGCCUGAGCAAUGGAGAACAUGAGAAUCAACAGGCGAUUGUUGCCACUGAAGUCGCACUACUUCCUCUUCAAUGCUGGUGAGUUUCAGGGGCUUUUCUGCUGGGGUUUUCCGGAAGAUUGACGAGAGUGUCUUUCUGACAGGCACUGCGCCUAUUGUGCCCUUCAUGCCCACCAUCGCCAGACAGCUGGGCUUCUCCACGGUGGUCGUGGGCACGGUGUACACAAUCCUGCCCAUCAUGGGAAUGCUUGCGAAGCCCACUUUCGGCGCGAUCGCCGACAGAUUCCAGCGUCAGAAGCUACUCUUCCUCCUCUUCCUCAUUCUCACCGCCGUAUCCUUCUUCGCCAUCAUGUUCAUCCCACCGAUUCCGGCGGACGGGUCUGUGGAUUUCCACUGUAGCGGCGGCGCCGUGGAUCUGAAGCAUUGUCCGCGCGAGGGAGAGCAGCUGGAUACCAGUACGAUUGCGGCGCUGCAGCAGGAGAAUGGCACGCUGCGCUGCGAUCUCGUGUGCUCGGCAGAGACGUGGAUGUGGGACCUGAUGUGCGAUCACUGGAACAUCUCGCAGUACUGCAGGGAUCACCGGAACGAGCCCGAGUUCUCGCUGACGGCCGUGACGAAAGUGGGCGACAUGAAGCUGAUCGACGACUGUCUGUUCAUCGUCGUCCGCGAGGGUGACUUCGGCUCCGGUCUGCUGUCCAACCUCUUCUGUCCGAGCCACCUGGGCAACGUGUCGCAGAAGUACUUCAAGACGCCGUGCCGCGCGCAGUGCGACAACGCGCAGGUGGAGCAUCUGAUCACGGAGACGAGCAUCGCGAACCGCGACGUCACGGGACUGUACCAGUUCUGGCUGCUGUUCAUCUUCCUGGUGGCCAGUUGGGUGGGCAUGGCGGUGGUGGUGAGCGUGGGCGACGCCAUCUGCUUCGAGAUGCUGGACGAUCAGCCGCAUCUGUACGGCAACCAGAGGCUCUGGGGCGCCGUGGGCUGGGGAACCUUCUCCAUCAUCGCCGGCCUGCUGGUGGACAAGUUCUCCGAGGGACAGAUCACGAAGGACUACUCUGUGGUGUUCUACAUGAUGCUGAUCCUCCUCAUUCUCGACAUGGUCGUCUCAUCGAAGCUGGAACACACGCAAACCAAACUGUCCACAAACAUUAUCAAAGACGUGGGAGCGAUUUUCGCCUCUGUGAAGAUCAUCAUCUUCUUCCUGUGGUGCGUCGGCGUGGGACUCUGCACGGCUCUCGUGUGGAACUUCCUCUUCUGGCACCUGGAAGACCUCGCGGCCGCUCAUGGCGGGGACCACCUGGAGUGGAUCAAGACGCUCCAGGGAUUGGCCAUGGGCAUCCAGUGCUUCGGCGGCGAGCUGCCCUUCUUCUUCCUCUCCGGCUGGAUCCUGAAGAAGAUCGGCCACAUUCACGCCAUGAGCCUGGUGUUGCUGGGCUUCGGUCUGCGAUUCCUGCUUUACUCGGCGCUCACGAAUCCCUGGUGGGUGCUGCCCAUCGAGCUGCUCAACGGCAUCACGUUCGGCAUCUUCUACUCCACGAUGGCCUCUUAUGCCAGCAUCGUGGCGCCGCCAGGCACAGAAGCCACGCUUCAGGGCCUCGUCGGCGCGGUGUUCGAGGGCGUCGGCGUGUCCAUGGGCAGCCUGAUAGCCGGCAUCCUGUUCGCCAAGAUCGGCGGCAGCCUCACGUUCCGCUACUUCGGCCUGGGCGCACUUCUGCUGCUGGUGCUGCACGUGAUCGUGCGACGGAUCCACGAUCGCUUCGCGCCGAAAUUCGGACCAAGAAAAAAGGUGAAUUUUGUAGGUUUUCUAAAUGAGAUUAGGCAAAGAUUUGGGGGAAGGAAAGAAAGACAUGAAAAGGUACACAAAAUUAUCAUCUCAUUAACAAUAUUUAACUAACACUUGAGUUC